AUGGAGAUUAGCUUUGUAGCGCCGAGUACCACGUUGCAGAAGCGCUUUUUAGGAACCGGUGUUGCUGUGAAAGCUGGUUCCGUGCAGCCGCUGCACCAGUGGGGCAAGACCUCAGCCUGGGGGCCGCUGGUGCUGCCUUCGAGCAGCCGCCGCUCGCAACAGAUGCGCACUCGGUCGGUGAUGACUGCUGCGAACGAGCGCCGUAAAGGUACGGGUGCUGCAGUGAACUGGAACGCUGGUGGAAACGGUGUGAAUGACGACGGUACGGGCAUUCUGGCCGGAGCGCCAGGCGGCCUGUUUACGGCGUCGAAGCCAGAGGACAGGCACAUUGUACCUCCAGUGCUAGAAGGACGGAAACUGGUCAAAAUUGUAUAUGUCGUGUUGGAGUCGCAGUACCAGUCGACGCUGACGGCUGCGGUUCGAAAGAUCAACGCGAAACAGGAGCACAUGGCGGUGGAACUGAGUGGCUAUCUCCUGGAGGAGCUUCGAAACGAGGCCAACUACAACGCCUUCAAGCGCGAUAUUGCGGAUGCGAACAUUUUCAUCGGAUCUCUGAUUUUUGUCCAAGAGCUUGCCGACAAGGUCGUCGCCGCCGUCGCGCCUGUAAGAGAUCGUCUCGAUGCAUGCGUCGUGUUUCCGUCCUUACCUCCGGUGAUGAAACUGAACAAACUCGGGGCUUUUAGUAUGGGCCAACUGAACCAGACUGGACAGUCUACGACAUCGUUCAUCGGGCAGAUCAUGAAGAAACGGCGAGAACAACAGGGUGCAGACUUCGAGUCCCAAAUGCUUCGCUUGCUGCGCACUCUGCCAAAGGUGCUUAAGUACUUGCCGAGCGACAAGGCUCAGGAUGCGCGAUCGUUUAUGCUCUCUUUUCAGUACUGGCUCGGGGGCACUGUAGAGAACCUCGAAAACAUGAUCUUAAUGGUUGCAUCCAAGUACGUUCAGGAUGUUCAGAGCUUCCAGUUUGAAGUGAAGGAUCCGGUCCUGUUUCCGGAUGCAGGAAUCUGGCAUCCUGUGGCACCCAAGAUGUUUGAGGACGUCACCGAGUACAUACGUUGGUACGACAAGGAGCACGCUCCGCGAGCAAGGCUUGCGAAUGAUGCGCCCACCAUCGGCAUCGUACUGCAGCGCUCUCAUCUGGUCACCAAAGAUGAUUGUCACUAUGUGUCGUUCAUCCAGGAACUGGAGGCCCGUGGAGCGAAAGUAAUCCCGAUUUUCUCGGGAGCCCUGGAUUUCAGCGAGCCAGUGAACCGUUUCUUUUAUGCGCUGAAUACAGCAGUGCCCCUGGUCGACGUCGUUGUGUCGCUUACGGGAUUUGCGCUGGUUGGGGGUCCCGCCAAACAGGACCAUCCGCGCGCAGUUGCAGCCCUCAAAGCCCUGAAUCGCCCAUACAUUUGCUCGCUGCCGCUUGUAUUCCAGACAUUUGAUGAGUGGAAGCGAAGCGAGCUCGGACUGCAUCCGAUUCAGACUGCAUUACAGGUUAGUCUGCCUGAGCUGGACGGCGCGAUCGAGCCGCUCAUCUAUGCGGGGCGAGACGGACUCACAGGGCGGAGUAUUCCACUGCACGAUCGCAUUCAUUUGCUGGCGUCACGAGCGCUGAAGUGGGCCCAACUUGGACGCAUGAAGAACCGCGAGAAGAAGGUUGCAGUCGUCGUGUUCUCGUUUCCACCAGACAAGGGCAAUGUCGGUACCGCGGCCUAUCUGGACGUGUUCGGCUCGAUCCACAAGGUCCUCCAGGCAAUGAAGCUGGAUGGUUAUACCGUCGGUGAUAUUCCCGAGACUGUUGAUGCGUUGAUGGAGCGCGUACUGCACGAUCGCGAGGCCAAAAUCAGCUCGCCUGAACUCAACGUGCUCUAUCGAAUGCCUGUAUCCGAAUACGAACGUCUAUGUGAGUAUCAGCGUUCAUUGCAGGAGCACUGGGGUCCGCCUCCCGGUACCCUGAACACCGACGGCACAAAUCUGCUGGUCUACGGUGCACAGUUCGGAAAUGUCGCCGUGGUCGUGCAACCAAGUUUCGGGUACGAAGGCGACCCUAUGCGGCUGCUGUUCUCCAAGUCUGCAUCGCCGCAUCAUGGAUUCGCAGCCUGCUAUACGUGGUUGCAGAAGAUUUUCGACGCGAAUGCGGUGAUUCAUUUUGGAACGCAUGGAAGUCUGGAAUUUAUGCCGGGCAAACAGGUCGGCAUGAGUGGAGAUUGCUACCCCGACCUUCUCAUCGGGGGUCUACCCAACCUCUACUAUUAUGCCGCGAAUAAUCCCUCGGAGGCAACCAUAGCGAAGCGACGCUCCUACGCCGGAAUCAUCUCCUACCUUACACCGCCUGCAGAGAACGCCGGCCUCUACAAGGAACUCAAAGAGUGUCAAUCGCUUAUCCGGGAGUACCAGGAACUGCGUGCGAAUGAGUCCAGAGCUGCUGCACUGUGCGCAGCGAUCGUCGCAACCGCUCGACAGUGCAACCUCGACCGAGACAUUCCCAACUUGCCCGUAGACGGAUUCGAUCAACUCACGCGUCAAGAGCGGGACCAGGUUAUUGGAUCGAUCUACGCCCGUCUCAUGGAGAUAGAAGCUCGUUUGUUGCCGAUCGGGCUGCAUACGAUAGGCAAACCACCGACUGCGGCGGAGGCGGUAGCAACACUCGUGAAUAUCGCCGGUGUCGAUCGGCCGGAGAAAGGACUCAAGGCCUUGCCCCGUAUUGUAGCCGAGUCUGUUGAUCGGGAUAUUGAGCAGUUGUACCGCUCAACAGCGCUAGACGAUGUCGAGCUGUUGGAUCGCAUUCAGCGUGCGUGCCGCAACGCUGUUGAGCGGGUUGUCUCCAAGUCAGUCAACAAGGAUGGACGCAUUGAUCGCGUGAUGGUAUCGUUCCUGUCCGAAGCGAUCAAACCGACGUAUCUGGUGGCGCUCGAGGAGAGCGGCUUUCCCCAGUGCUCAGCACGAGACCUGAAGCCGCUCUUUGAGUACCUUGAGGUCUGCCUAGAGCAGAUCAUUAAGGAUAACGAGCUCGGUUCGCUGAUGCAGGCACUCCAAGGACGUUACAUCGAACCGGGUCCGGGGGGAGAUCCCAUCCGGAACCCCGCCGUCGUCCCAACCGGCAAGAACAUUCACGCGCUGGAUCCGCAGUCGAUUCCGACGAGUUCGGCCUUCGCCGAAGCCAAAGUCGUCGUAGAGCGCCUGCUCGAGCGGGAAGCAGCCGCGAACCAAGGUCAAAUGCCAGAGACGGUAUCGCUGGUACUUUAUGGCACAGAGGCGAUCAAGUCGUUUGGCCAGAGCAUUGCCCAGGUGCUGUGGCUCAUUGGGGCACGUCCGGUGCCGGACGCAUCGGGACGAGUCAACCGGGUGGAGCUGGUGUCGCUCUCGGAGCUGGGACGCCCACGAAUCGAUGUGGUCGUCACGGUUAGCGGCAUCUUUCGCGAUCUGUUGAUCAACCAGAUGGCGCUGAUGGACCAAGCGAUCAAGAUGGCAGCAGAGGCUGAUGAACCGCCCGAGAUGAACUACGUGCGCAAGCACGCCCUGGAGCAGGCAGCCGAGGAGAACAUCAGUGUACGGGAGGCAGCAACGCGUGUGUUUUCGAAUGCAUCGGGCAGUUAUUCUGCGAACGUUGGCAUUGCCAUUGAAAAUGGAGGAUGGACCGAUGAACAGCAGCUCCAGGAACAGUACCUCUCUCGCAAAUCCUUCGCCUACGAUAGUGAUCGCCCGGGGGCCAUGAUUCCCGCGCGGCAGCGCUUCGAGCGGGCGCUCAAAACCGUCGAGGUCACGAUGCAGAAUCUGGAUUCGUCUGAGAUCUCCUUGACGGACGUCUCGAAUUAUGCAGAUGGCGCAAACGAGAAGUGGGUUGCCGCCCUUCGGGGUGACAAGCGCAAGCCCCGCUCGUAUAUCGCGGACUCGACGACGGCGAACGUUGCCGUGCGCAGCCUCGACGAGACCAUUCGUCUCGAUAGCCGGACCAAACUGCUGAAUCCCAAGUGGAUCGACGGACUCGUGAACUCUGGUUACGAAGGUGUGCGAGAACUUUCCAAGCGUUUGCGGAACACCAUGGCGUUCUCGGUGACCUCGGACGCUGUCGACAACUGGGUCUAUGAGAACGCCAACCAGACCUUCUUUGUCGACGAGGCCAUGCGGAAGAAGCUCAUGGACUCGAAUCCCAACAGCUUCCGCUCUAUGGUGACAACGAUGCUGGAGGCACACGGCCGUGGCUACUGGGAAACCUCCGAGGAGAAUAUCGAACGCUUGCGGGAUCUGUACCGCGAAAUCGAAGACCGUAUUGAAGGUGUCGAUUUCUGA